GAGCAAGAGGCGCUUCUGGCGGCGGCAGCCCGGGCCGCACCGGGCAGGGAGGUGCAUAUAUAUACAUGUCCAUUGUUUGCUGAAAGAUGUCCAAUCUUUCCAAUUAUGCCUUGAUAAUGGCUCGCCUGAGUGCCCGGAUAUUUGGAGAAGUUGUGUCGCCCACAAGCAGCAAGUCCAUGCGAGUAGUGAAGCUAUUCAGUGAGCUGCCCGUUGGCAAAAAGAAAGUAGUCUAUGAUUGGUAUCCUCCUCACCACACCUUUUCUGGGCUCAUGAGGCAACUCCGUUAUCUCGGUCUCUACAGAGAUGAACAUGCAGACUUUAAAGAUGAGAUGAAACGACUGAAAAAGCUCCGUGGGAAAGGAAAGCCCGCAAAAGGACAAGGAAAGAGGUCUACCAAGAAGAAAUAGUGUCACCCUGGCAAUGCACCAGAGGACUUGUGGAUAUUAGAGAUGGGAGACCAACUACCC